UAAAGAUGCAGGGGAGGAGGAAGACACUCCACUCAAAUUGCAAAGACUCACCCACUCAGAACUUCCAAGAAUCAAAAUUUUUAAUCAAUGGAGCAAGAGGGUGUUAGCAACUACACCAAGGUUUGUGUUACAGGAGGCUCAGGGUAUAUUGGUUCUUUCCUUGUUAAGAAGCUAUUACAGAAGGGCUAUACUGUCCAUGCCACACUGAGGAACUUAGAUGAAAAACCCAAAGUAGAGCUUCUUAGGUCCCUUCCUAAUGCAGACACCAGAUUAGUACUAUUCCAAGCAGAUAUAUACAAUCCCACUGAAUUUGAACCAGCAAUUAGAGGCUGCCAAUAUGUUUUUCAUGUGGCUACCCCAAUGCAGCACGAUUCCCAGAGCUCUCAGUACAAGGAUACAUCUGAAGCAGCCAUUGCCAGCGCGAGGAUCAUAGCUAAUUCUUGCGUUAGAUCACAAACUGUUAAGCGGCUCAUCUACACAGCUAGUGUAGUGUCAUCAUCGCCAUUGAAAGAAGAUGGGUCUGGCUAUAAACCCUCCUUCAACGAAUCCUCUUGGACUUCUCUAAACCUCUCUUAUACUUUCAGCAAUGAUUUUUUUCUGGCAUAUAUUAAAUCGAAGACAUUAGCAGAGAAAGAAGUGUUGAGCUAUAAUGAAAUUGAAAACAGUAAAUUGGAAGUGGUGAGUCUGGCUUGUGCACUUGUGGGAGGAGACACUCUUCUUUCCUACUUUCCUGCUACUUCUACUAUAGCUGUAAUUAUAUCACAGCUCACUGGCAAUCUCUCAUGCUAUGCCGGCUUAAGAUUUCUCCAAGAACUUUUGGGUUCAGUUCCGCUACUACACAUUGAUGAUGUUUGUGAAGCGCACAUAUUCUGUAUGGAAAAAAAGUCGCUGAGAGGUAGAUUCUUAUGCUCUGCCGUGGAUCCAACUAUACAAGAGAUAUCAAAUUACUACCAAGAAAACUAUCCCCAACUAAAGAUAACACCAGAGCUCAUGGGAGGACCGAAGAGAGGAAGCAGCUGUGAUUCUGUGAAGCUGAUGGAAAUGGGUUUUCAGUAUAAAUAUGAUAUGAAGAAGAUAUUGGAUGAUAGUGUGGAUUCUGGUUUCCGACUAGGAGCUCUCCCGCUUAACUAAAUCAAUUGGUGACCUAUAUUAAUAUAUAGUUCAAAUCCUUUGUGUCUGUUCCGUGCAUUUUUCCUCUAUUUAUAAAAUUGUCCUAAAAAAAAGACAUUGAAACCAUGAACCCUGACUUUUGGGUUCAAUAAUAUAUUCUCACUUAGUAGUUUGUUAUAAGAUUUAUGGAGAUGUGCAAUCACCCUUUGUAUUGCUCCAGAAUCUUUUAUUUUCAGUAAUUCGAAGAGAAAAUCUGUAAUAGACUAUUUGAUUGUUGCAAUAAAGAGAUAAGCAUUUAAAUGCA